AGACAUCCAGGUUGCUUUUGAGAUGGGUACGACAAGAUGUCAAAAAGGCAUCAUGUUGGUGAAUCGUUGAAUCCUCCUCUGCCGAAACGGGCCCGUACAAAUGCCGCUGAAAGUGAAACUGAUCGCCUUUCCUUGUUGAGCAACGAAAUUCUCCUCCAUAUCCUGUCUUUUCUGCCCAUUCCAUCUUUACUUACUUGCCAAAGGUUAUCACACCGGUUUCAUUCUUUGGCCGGAGACUCAGAGCUUUGGAAAAGGCAGUAUUAUUCAAAAUGGGUGCGACCCCGCGCGCGUCGAUUAGCGAUCACCAGGCGCGCUGCUACUCUUCCUCAGUCUAAAUUCGAGUACUCACCAAAGGUGUCGACAUGGCUGGACCAUGGACAUCUGGAUCGGAAAGAUCGAAUUACCAACUGGAAAAGGCAAUAUCAACUCCGGCAUAACUGGUCCAAAGGAAUUUGUCGAGUGACCCAAGUUGAGUUCUCGCAGCGUCCACAACCACCUAUGCUCGUGGCCUUUUGUGCUGGCUUUGUAUUUACAACAGACUCGCACGAUGGUCUGCGAGCUUGGUCUGCGGAAAGCCCGACGUCCUGUAUUGCAAGUGUCUCUUUAACGGACUCCGGGUCAGCACUUCCAGCUUCUCCAACAGCAUUAACCGCAACCUCCGGGCCCGAAAAAAAUUCUAUUGAGGUCGUGGUCGGGUUUGAAGAUGGCCACUUUAGUGUAUAUAGAUUGGAUUCCGCGAAAUCACGACUGGAUAUGGGCUUUUCCCGAGCUGGAUCUGUCCAGGGUGCCAUCACGGCCAUGGCUUCGUCCUUUCCUUACCUCAUGGUUGUUUCGAAGCACAAGGUGCUGUCCUUGUAUAAACUGCCGGUUAACGCAGAUGAUACAGACUGGCUAAACAAAUCUCAUUUGCUAGCAUCCUUGAAGGCGGACAGCAUUCUAUCACCUAUGUCGUUAUCUGUCCGCGUUGCCCGCUCAGAAAUUAUCGCAUCUAUUGUCUAUAGCUUCUUCCAUAUUGGCUGUGGCUGGUCGCUGGGGAUUCAGGAACUGCAUUUUGAUAAAAACGGCCAGCAGACAAUUUCGCGACUCGCCACGACAGUGGAUUCCCAGUAUGGUAUGGUGCCUUUACAUCAUCUAGCCCGCGCAGGCAAAGGGCAACCCUCAGUUUUCGAGCGCGAGGAAACCUUUAGUGAUCUGUAUACGAGGUCACUCAAACCUACUAUUUUACACCAAGACCCGCCGACUUCGGUUUCCUACUCUCAUCCUUAUCUUUUGACUUCCCAUGCAGACAACACCUUGACAGUAUAUCUCGUUGUUUCGACGGCGACCGAGCUCUUUGUGAAGGGUGGCCAAAGACUUUGGGGCCAUACUUCUUCUGUUUCGGCGGUUCAAGUCAGCGACCGAGGCAAGGCAGUCUCUAUUAGCUCGCACGGGGACGAGGUGCGAAUAUGGGAGCUUGAAGCUUUGAUUUCGUCUUUUGGGAGCCACAGAGUACUCAACGGGGAUAAAAGUAUUCGAGUCAACCCUGGAAAAGCGAGGCAUCGCGAGAGUGAGGGGUUUGGUGUACUGCCGGGGCUACCACACGAUGGAAUGUCUAAACACCAAUCGUCCGUGGAUAUCUCUGACGCAAUGGCCCAAAUGCGGGAUUGCAUUGGAUUUGAUGACGAGCGCCUGCUUUUACUUCGAGAACGGGAAUAUGGAGCGCAGCUCCUUGAGUUCUAUGACUUCACAUGAAGCCUUUUCACGAACAGAAGGAGGCUGGACCUUGUGAAAACGCAGUAUAACUGAUACGAUUGAACGCCUGGGUACUUUUUUCUUAUACAAAUAAUGAGCCAUUUAUAAUUUCCC